CGCUGUUGUGGAUCGUACCUGGUCCAGACCAGUUCAACCAUUUGAUAGACCAGCACAAUGAGACACCUGACGGCACUGGCGAUUCUCGCUCUUUCUGCUUUGGCUUUAACUGAGGCGGCUGUUUACAUAGGCGGCGGUUGCUACGACUGUAAUCCUCCCGGAGGCCAGGGACCCGGAAUCUACACAGGAGGAGGAGGACGAGGAGGAGGAGCUGGAAAUGGAGGUGGAAACUACUACAGCAAUGGAGGAGGAGGCGGAGGAGGUGGUCGCCGUCCAGUAUAUUCGGGCAACUUUGGACCCGGUUACAGCAACGGCGGAGGAGGUGGUGGAGGAGGAGGUCGUGGGGGUGGCGGUGGUUACGGAGGUGGUUACGAUGACGGUAUAACGCAGAUUAUUAGCGGCUGAGAUUAUAAUCUGGAGGCUUUGCUACCACUAAACCCCGCAAAUGAGCGAAAGCCGUCUGAUAUUUAGGAUGUAUAUAGAAUAAAAUAAAAAAAAAA